AAAAACUGCAUCAGUAACGUUACAAAUGUUUCAAGAUGUUUUUCAAUGCAGAUGAUGAUGAACAAGACUUUCUGUCGUCAUCAGGAGGGUCAAAGCUGGCAUCUCUGUUUGGUGUGGACAAAGCUAGUAAUCAAGGUGGAAAUGAAUCAUUGAAAUACACCGCUCCAAAACAACCCAGGAAAAAGGAAGCUCCGAAUCAGUCAGGUGGUGCUCCAGCUGCCGUCACCUUCGCCACAGCAGUUCAUGCAUACAAAUAUGUUGAUGGUCAGUAUGCCAGUCAGGGAAAACUUGGUGCUGCAAUUCUGGGCAGUCCUGCCUCACAAGAUUACAGAAUUUUGUUGUAUGUCAGUAAACAACAACAGGUGACCAACGUGAGAAUUACACCAGCUUUUGUCUUCACGAUUCAAGCCAACAACUAUGCCAGUUUUUAUGAUGAUGCCAGACAGAGCUGGUCUCUCAUGUUUGACAAUGAACAGAAUUCAGAGAAGUUUGCUAAACAGGUGGGUUUGGCCAGAGCCAUCAGUACUGGGACUGCCCUGGACAGUGUUGUAACUCAGGACCUACAUCUGGGUGAUGGCGGACCCCUAGAAACCGGUGACCUGGUAGAGGUCAAGUAUACAGGAUGGUUACUUACCAAUGGCACAUUUGGACAGGAGUUUGACAGCAAUGUGAAAACAGACAAACAAUUCAAAUUUAAAAUCGGCAAAGGCAAAGUGAUUAAAGGUUGGGAUAUAGGAGUAGUUGGGAUGAAGAAGGGAUCAAAGCGCCUCCUGGUGGUGCCACCAAGUCUUGGUUAUGGAAGUCAAGGAGCUGGCAACAAAAUCCCACCAAACUCAACACUUAUAUUUGAGGUGUUAGUUGUGAGGGUUAAGUUAUCGAAAGCUGAAUCACCGAAGCCAUCACCUGCCCCGACCCCAGAGCCUACGCCACUGCAGAACUCCACACCCAGCCCUGCCCCUUCUGACCCAGAGUUGGAUGAUUCAACAGUGAAAGGGAGGACAAAGUCUAUUACGGAACAGAUGACUCAUCAGGGUGGAGCCAAAGCUAAUUUGAUCUCACGAAUGGCCAAAAUGGGCAAGCCCAUGCUGCCCUUACAGGGUGCUGUUGCAGCAGAUCCAGAAAGUGAUGAGGAGUCAGUGCCAGAGUCACCUAAGCCAGUGGCUGUGACAGCUGCCCCAGUAACUGCACCCACUCAUGCAGCCACCAAGCCACCAGUGGUGGCCAAACCUGUGGCACAACAACCAAUGGCUGCACCAGUGGAUUACACACAGACUGCAGCUCCUGUCACUUCUAAUCCUUUGAUGCCCCAGCCAUCCUUCGCUCCUCCACCAGGCCACCAAAUGGCACUUUACCAGUCACCACAGGCCCUCCUUCAACAGCAACAGGCUGCUUUUCUACAGCAGCAACAGUUACAGCAACAAGCGGCAUUCCAGCCACCAGCAUCCUCAGCCUUCCCAACUGGGACUUACCCUGCUGCACCAGCAUUCCCUACAGGCCCAGCUGCUGCUGUUAAUCCAGCUGACUCAGCCACACCUGUGUUGCUAUCGGAGACACGACAACAGAAUACAGAACUAAGGUUGGCUGUGGGAAAGGUGACUGACAAAGUGGACACUAUACUACAGAAGAUGGAUCAUUUACAGACACAACAGAGUGGAGCCAUGGCUCUUCAAUCCUCCGCUCCAAACAUGGAAGCUUCAGUACUCAUGCAUAAUGUACAACGUAUUGUACAGGAAAAUGAAAGGUUACGAAAAGAGGGUUAUGAGAAGAGUUCACGAAUUGAAGCUCAAAAUAACAAAAUAUCGGAACUUCUGCAGAGUAACCAAAUGUUUGUGGAAAAGAGUCAGACACUGCUAGAACAGAGAAAUGAAGGGUUUAAGGUGACAGCCACCACAUCCCAGGCCAAGGUACUGGCACUGGAGCAGGAGAAGGUUCAGCUAGCUACAGAGUUGAGUACAGCAACAUCCCAACUAGGGACACUACAACUGGAGAUUGCUGGGAUGAGGAAGCGAGAGAUGGAACUACAACAGAAGCUUGGGUCAUCAUCUAAUGACUUCAAGAAAAACACAGAGGAGCUGGAGAAUCUUCAGUUACAGCAUACAGAGGAUGAAGAACGAAUUAAGAAUCUAACAUCUGGUCUGAGAGAGGAAAAGCAGAGAAGGAAAGAGGGUGACAAUAAACUGUCACAGCUUAAUGAGGAACUCUCCGAUCUUAGAGUGACAGCAGAAAGUCUUCAGAAGAAUCUAUCGGAGAGAAAGAAGAAAGCAGCAGAGGAGAGGAGAAAGAUGGAAGAAGACAUGGAGGAUAGCAAACUGCAAUUUGAGCAAGAGAUUGAGGGUCUGAGAGAGAAGCUAAGGCGACAGAAAAACUCUACAGAUGCAGCCAAAGCAGAACAGGUAUCCAAACUGGAGGAGGAGAUUAUGGAGGAGUGGAAGGCCAAGUCAGAAAAGCAGCUGGCAGCUGCUCAAGACAGACAUGGCAGAGCUCUUCAGGGUGUGAAGGAAGAAAAGGAGGAGCUAGAACAAAAAGUCAAAGAACUAGAGUCUAAGAUUCAGACUUUACGAAAGUCGUCUGGUGGAUCAGACGAGCGCAUCAGGUCUUUGGAGGAUGAGGUAGAGGAUCUGACAGGCUGGAAGAACAAGUAUGACUCUCUGCGAGACCAGGCCAGUGCUAUGAGAGAUAAGUAUGAGACUCGUAUAUCUGAAGUAGAGGAGGAACGGGAUAGCCUGGCCACUCAGCGAGAUCAGCUGUACGAGAAAGUAGCCACACUUCAAAAGAAUGGAGCAUCAACAACGCUCCCUGGUGGGACUGGGAGUGAAUCUGUUGUCACAGAGGUGAAGAAGAUAAUGAAUUCUGUCUAUCAACAACUACGUGCCAAAUUUACAGCUGAGGAGAACUACACCGGUGCAGAUGUCUUAGCUGCUAUACUGGAAGCUAUCAAAACAACGACAUUGAAACUGGUCCAGCAGUCCUCACAAGGACCAGCAACAGAGGAGGAGGAGGAGGAAGAUGAUGAGGAAGAAGAGGAGGAGGAGGAGGAGGAGGAUGAAGAUGAAUUGGUGGAUAGUGAGGAGGAAGACGUUCAAGAUUCCCCACCUCCUAACACACAGACAGUGCCUCAAGUUGAGAAGGAGACUACUGAGGCUGUACCGAGUGCAGAGAAACAGGAGCCUCUAGAAGACAGCGAAGAGAGUGAUGACUUUGACGAGGAAGAGGAGGAAACACUCCCAGAGUCACCAGAGAAACCUAAGAUUACAGAUGAUGAUAAAAGUCAACCUGCAGAGGAUCCGAUUGUAGAACCUCAGCCUCCACAAACACAGGAGAGUUCUCCAAGUGUAGAUAACUCUGAUUUAGAAACAGGGGACAAUAAAUCAGGAGUAGAUAACUCUCAAGAACAACAAAAUAAUGAACCGGUGAUAGAACAAAAUAUGGUGGAAAAUCUAUCAGAGACAAAUCAUGUGACAGUAGAGAGUCCGAUAUCUGAACCAGUCAAACGGGAUUCAGAGAGUAGUGAAAUUAUACCAGUAUCCUCAAGGACACCACCACCUUUGUUGGAUGACGAGGAGGAUGAGGACGAAGACAAAGAAGAGGAUGCAGGGGACAAGCCGUUGUUUGGUGAAGAUGAUACUGUAGAAGACACUCUUGGGAUUUCCUUCAAACAAAACAAUGAUAAAGAAAAGAAAGAUAAAAAGCUCCCAACGAAAUCAGACAUCGAAAAUGAUGAGGACCUGAAGCCACAGCCUCCUCCUCCUUUGUUUGGUGAUGACGACGAUGAUGAUGACUUGGACUGGCUCAGCUAAUGUAUAGCUAGUUGUGUAGGCUGUUUUUCAAGUGCUAAUAUUUUGCUUCUUGAUGUUAGACUGUGCACAGAGUGAGGGGCAGGCUUCCCCUUACUGAAUGUGAAAAUCAUUUAACAUAAGGUCAACCUGUCUUCACAUUACUCUCAAGUGUGGUUUAUAUCUGAUGGAGAGACAAUGUACAAGUGUCAUGGCUGUGAUAAACUUUCUGUGUAGAACUGUUGCUUCAUUCAUCCGUCACAGAUUGUAGGUGUGUGUCAUUAUACAGAAAUUCAAAUUUGUUAAAUGAAGAAAUGAUUGUUCUGCCAUAAUUCAUUUACAAAUCUAAAAAAGCCAAUCUUAAGAAGGGUACAAGGCCCUGUGCGAAAGUAGGACAUUAUUCCAUCAUCAAAAUUGUUAGGAAAAAAGGAAGAAACAUUUUAUUAUGCUGAAAUUUUGUUAUAUAAAUGUAUUCUUCUUUUAUUUUUUUUUUUAAUUUUCUUCAAAAUUUCCAAUUAUUUCUGGUCGCAAAGACUUGUACUACAGCAGAAUUAAACAGAGAUUUUCUAAAUAAGAGGUUGUAGAAUGAUUGAUGUUACGGAACAUAUAUCGAGAUUUUGAGGUAAAUAAUUACGAGUUCUGUUUCCCCUCAGUCACUGUUAGAUUUUCCUUUUCGUUGGUGAGGAUUUAGUUUUCUCUUGUGACCCCGGAAAUAUUUCAGACUUGAUUAACAUAUUGACUUUUUGAGAAAUACGGGUCCAGGGUGAAAUAUAAGGGAACAUUUUACCUUCAUUAUUCACGACUAGCAUGUUAAAAUUCACACUGCAUGAUGUUAAUUUAUAAAUCAGCUUUCAAAUAGACAGGAAUGGGAGAAAAAAGUCCAACCAGGUACUAGUUGUAUGUGAGAAUGCUGUGUUUGAAUAGCUGUCUGUAAGUGGUUAAUGCAUAGAAUUGAUAAUAGUAUUGUAGCAAGUCUUCCUAAAACAGCAUUCUUACACACUUGUGUAUAUGUUGGUUUCAUCAUUUGGAAUACUUCUACAGUAAAAUGAAUGAGGUAUAUGUUUCCAAUGUGCCAAAGUAAUUUUAUCAUAUGGCAGUGUUGGUUCUGGUAUGUUCAUGUCAUUCUUUAUUAUUUAGAAUCCAUUCUCUCACUUAAACACGAAGUAUUACAGUAUUACAAGUAACCUUUACCAAUACUUUCACUCAAUUGUGAGAAAUGCAAUACUAUUCAGUGGUCGGUCAUAUUCUAUCACUGAUAGUAUAUGGUGAUUUUAUGCGACAUAUCACAAACCCACUAUUUGCUAGGUCAAAGCCUGCUGGUAUAAUACAAAAUACAGGAACUGCCUAGUAUAUCCCUAAAUCUUAAAUUUCAUCUUUAAUUUUUGGAUCGCACGAUGAUCAAAAUGAUGAGUAAAUGAAGGGUAACAUAAAGUAUUAUUCAGAUUCAUACAAAUAUGUUAACUAUACAAUAAAUAUGAUUACGAGGCCAUUUUGUUUGUUGAACUGCCAUUAAAAAUCCCUUCAUCCAUGAUUUUAAGGGUUCUAAUUACAAGAUAUUUAUCACAGGGUUAUGUUCAAACAUUUCAUUGUGAAUUUCAGAUUUCAUCUUCAUGUAUUAAUUAAAAGGAAGUGAAAUUCUAAUUCCACUUAUUCAUAGGAAAGUAUUUAUUUUGUAAGCAUCUUAUAUUCUAAAUAAUUUCAUUUUGUCAAAUCUUGAUAAU